ACGUAACAAUGGCAGUGGUCGAAAAGAAACCAAACAGCGCCGCAGAAAGUGAGAUACGCGAAGAAUGUAGGGUUGGAGUGAGAAGCAGAUGUGUAAAGAAGAAGCGUAACCAUGGCGCUUACUUUCAGAACCCUCUUCCUCAUGCUACUCGCAAUCCUCUCUCUUCUCCUUUUCGAGGACUGGGUGUCAACGCCUUCUUGCAACAACACCGACAACAUCGUCAACAACAACCUUAAAGUCAUGAUGGUCGCUGACCUCCUUCUCUCCGAUUCCGGUUUCGUCAACCGCGUCUUCCGAGACUACUACAUGUCAAAAUUCUUUCGGAAAUCGUUCGAGGUUCUGCGGCCCGAUUUGCUUGUGGUGUUGGGCGACCUAUCGGCGCGAGGCUCGGGGCUAACGAGGAGCAAGUGGGUGUCGUUGCUGCGGAGGUUUUACAGAGUGUUGGGCCCUUUUGUCGGGCUUCCGUUCCACGCCGUUCUCGGCGACAGAGACGUUGGAGAGUGUGGGGAGAUUGAUGCUGACAGGGUUAGUUGGAUUGCGAACAAGUUUCCCGGGUUGGAUUCCUCUGGCUGCGCUGCGUUUGAGAUUGGGAAUGUGAGUUUUGUCUCGCUGAACGCGGUGGCUCUGCUUUGCGGGGGGAGUGGUGGGUUGCGUUUUGAGGUGGAGAAGGUGAUAGAAAGGGAGAGUGUGGGGGUUCACAUGGGAACGGAGAGGGUGGUGAAGAGAGUGAAUGGUUCUGGGGAGUUUGCAGAUGAGGAUGUUUUAUCUGGGUCAGGACCUGUCGUUUUGCUGCACCUGCCGUUGGAUCAAGCGAGGAAUGAACGCUUUGGUUCGGUUGGUGAUUUUGAGAAAUAUUGGAGUUCUUCCAUGGAUGGGUUAAAUGUGGUGUCAGAAAGCAGGGGUGACCUGUAUAAGUUGCUUCAUACCCUUCCUCCGAAUGCUUCUGAGUACAUUUUACAAGCUCUGAAACCAAGGAUUAUUUUCAGUGGUCACAGUUAUACAUUCUCUGAUCAUGUUCAUGGGGACAGAACUCGUGAGAUUAGUGUUCCAGCAAUGUCAUGGAACGCAAGAGAUGACCCUGGAUUUGUGAUUGCCUCUUUUCAAAAGACAGGAAGAGCAGUGAGCAUAAGCCAUUGUUCUCUUGCUAGGGAAUCUCAUAUUCUUAUAGUCUACAUUUGUGUAAUGUUAUUGUUUUGUUUGGUGUGUUUAAAAGGAUACUGGCAUGGGAGUUUGUCAUGUAGAUUAAGGAUUAGCCCUUAUCCAGUAAAGGGUUUUUCAAUUUUGAAGAAAGCAAGAGAUUGUUUUGUUUGUGUUGUUCGAAAGCAAGGUUCUUCACCAAGAUCGAUUCUCCAGCCUUUCACACCUUCCUUCAAUUCAACUCAGCUCUCUGCGCCUUCCCCUGCGCGCCCAUGGCCGCAUCAUAGCAGCGAUCAGUCCAUCACAUCAAAAUCAAUGGCGGAAAGCGCAUCACCGUCGUCCAAACCCUCACCAAUGGACCCUCAAAACCCCGCACCAUCCUCCAACCCUACAAUCCCUUCCCCUUCCCACAACAACAUGCCUUCACCUUCGCUCCCUCCGCUUCCCCAAGACCAGCAACAGCAACAGCAGCAGCAAAAUCUUCAUCAACAGUUGAGUCCGCCUCAACAACAACAGCCUCUCGUGUCGUCGCAAGCCAUGAACACCAUCAACGGCAUCAACCCUAUCUCCAAUUUCCAACUCCAGCAGACGCUGCAGCGAUCGCCUUCCAUCUCGCGCCUCAAUCAAAUCCAGCCUCAGCAGCAGCCGCAGCAGCAGCAGCAGUUCGGCGUCAUGCGCCAGCAGGCCGGAUUGUACGGCGGACAGAUGAGCUUUGCUGCCGCGGGCGGCGGAGCGGGCCAGCAGCAGCAGUUGGGCGGCUCCAAUUUGUCGCGGUCCGCGCUGAUAGGGCAGAGCGGACACUUCCCCAUGUUGUCUGGUGCUGGUUCGCAGUUUAACUUGCUCUCCUCGCCAAGGCAAAAAGGUGGGCUAGUUCAGCAGUCUCAGUUCUCAGGUAAUUCUGCUGGACAAUCUCUGCAAGGAAUGCAAGCAAUGGGUAUGAUUGGAUCGUCAAAUCUCACCUCUCAACUGCGAGCUAAUGGAGCCCUUGCUUAUGCACAGCAGCUUCGAAUGAGUCAGGGUCAAAUCAGACAGCAAAUUUCUCAGCAGAGUUCACUUAACACUGGACAGGUUCAAGGUUUACCAAGGUCAUCAUCCCUUGCUUUUAUGAACUCUCAGUUGUCUGGGUUGUCUCAGAAUGGGCAACCAGCGAUGGUUCAUAACUCCUUAACACAGCAACAGUGGCUUAAGCAAAUGCCAGGACUGUCUGGCCCUGCCUCACCAUUGCGUCUUCAACAGCAGAGGCAGCAGUUGGCUUCUUCUACUCAAUUGCAACAAAACUCUAUGAGCCUGAACCAGCAACAAUUGUCCCAGCUGAUUCAGCAACAGAAAUCGAUGGGGCAGUCUCAGCUGCAUCAGCAGCAACAGCAGCAACAGCCUCAACAGCUGCAACAGCAACUCAUACAUCAGCAGCCACAACAACAGUCUCAGCCACAGGCUUCUGUCCAUCAACAGCAACAGUCUCCAAGGAUGCCAGGACCUGCAGGCCAAAAGUCAUUCAGUCUAACAGGAUCACAGCCAGACGCUACUGCAUCUGGUGCAACUACACCAGGUGGUAGUUCUAGCCAAGGAACAGAAGCAACGAACCAAGUUCUUGGGAAGAGAAAGAUACAGGAUUUAGUUGCACAGGUGGAUCCACAAGGUACACUGGACCCCGAAGUUAUAGAUCUUCUUUUAGAGCUUGCUGAUGAUUUCAUUGAUUCUACAACUACACACGGUUGCAUUUUGGCAAAACAUAGAAAAUCAUCAACUUUGGAGUCCAAGGAUUUAUUGCUACACCUAGAGAAAAAUUGGGAUUUAACAAUUCCUGGAUAUUCAAGUGAAGAGAAGAAGUAUCAAAGCAAACCUCAAUUAAAUGACCUUCACAAGAGGCGCCUAGAUAUGAUUCGCACAAUGAUGGAAUCUUCGGCCUCUGAGUCAAAUAUUAGUAGUUCUAAAGAGUUGAGUAGACAGGGCAUUUCAAAUCCUACCCCUGUGGGAGCUCACCAUCUAGUAAGACCCAUGAGUUCAGAGCAGUUGGUUUCUCAUGCAGGUGGUUCUCAAAUGCUACAGCAGAUGACAAGGUUUUAAUGAACUUUUGAUUUUGGACUUCGUGCUGCUAGGUUUGACUGCCGGUAUGCCUGGUCUUGGAAGAGAUUGCUUGCUGAAACUGAUUAUUAUACAAGGGAACUGUAAUUACUUAGUAUUUAGACAUGAAAAAUAGUUGUUAAAGGAUCCAGUAACUCUUGUUAUUGCCCCAAUCCUCAAUAGUCCUUUUGUUUUACUCUUUGAUCUUAAUUAUGGUUUUUUAAUGUCCAUUGGUGUCUGUUUCCGAGUUCAUUUUGUAGGUUAAAUACUAGGAUACAUGUUGUUUAUGAUUGAGUAGGCAAAACUGGUGUAAAGUUUUUCAAGUUUGGAUCGAGUGUAGAGCAAACCAUCAAAUCGGGGCUUUGAAUUUUAAUGUAGUCAAAUUUAGGAAGGAAACAAACAGUAGUAUCUGCGCGAAUUAUAUAGCAUUUUCUUUGGUUGUGGUGUCA